CCGCCCUCUCUGAUCUGCUGGAACCGAACAUAUUCAAAUUUUAUUUUCCAUGGCCGUCCUCUGCUCUUCUUUUGCUCCUGCAUUGAACUUUCCCUCUCAUUGUUUUUUUUUUUUCCAUCAGUUUUUCUCUGUCGCUUGCCUUACAGCCAUUUUCUCUCACGGAAAACUAAGGAAAUCCAGUAGGCUGCAGCAACCCAGCAUCCUCUUUCCUGUGACACUGAAAUCGAUUUAGGGUUUAGUUGGUUGGGUACUAUUUUGUUUGAAAUUGAAAUAAGCCAUUUUGAUUCAAUACAGGAAGUAGGAGGUGAAGUCAGAGGAAGCUUUGAGAACAGAUUUUUCAAGAAAAAAUCGAUUUAGGGUUUAAGAAAUAUUGAAGAAGUAGAAGAGAGUGGGAAGUGCAGACAUGGGAAUCAGCAGAUGGAGAAUGGCGGGGAUAGAAGUCCCAAUCAGCGGGAGUGACUCCCUCAAGUGGAUAGAAGUGAGUGUUCCAAUCCCAUACUGUUCUGAUGCUGAUGGUGAUACUGCCAUGGAAGUGCCUCCUCUGGGUCUCCCUCAGCUUUCCGCCUCUUGUUUGUCUUCUUGUUCGGUCAUUGGAGAUUCUCCGCAUACUAGCUGCCUCAUCUCCAGAAUUGACGACUCCCGUCCUCACGCUAUCGAGUUACUCCAGCUCUCUGCUUCUCGCCAACAACAAGGACUUCGCAUCUCCUUCCCGCACGUCCUCUCCCCUUUUGUGUUCAUCUGCAACAAUGAGAUUGAAUCGUCUUCGAGGACCCCCUACUUGCUUUAUGCUGUGACUGUCUCUGGAAUUGUGUUCCUUCUGAAACUCGCAGACCUUUCUUCCUAUGUAUCUCAUUCUGUCCUUUCUAGAGAUCAUUUCGUAGAGUUUAACCUGCAUACUCAUUCACAUUCACAUAAUAUAAAUAAUGCAACAAUUACAAGCAUAGCCGCUGCCGCCGGAUGUCUUGUUGUUGGCAGAGAUGAUGGUUCCAUUACUUCUUUCCGACUUGGCUCACUCCACCAGAGUGCUCCUGGGUUUUCCCAUGAGCUGAGGGAUGAAUCUGGGAUCAAUCGUUUGUGGGGCUUCAUGUCAAGGGGUAAGAUUGCAGGGGCUGUUCAGGAUUUGGUAAUAUCGGAUAUGCAAGGCAAAAAAUAUUUGUUUGUGCUUCAUUCUUGUGGGAACAUACGAGUUUGGGAUCUUUCUUCUUAUAGCAAGAUAUUUAGUCAUUCCACAAGCGCUCCAACAUCAGAAGGAGCUACACCUGUAAGGUUCUGGAUAGGUGAAACUAAUCGUGAUUCUGGCUUUAUUCCCAUGGCUGUCCUUUAUAAAAUGGCUUCGGACGUUAGCGUGGAGGUUAUAUAUGUCUAUAGCUUCUCUUGUGGUUCAGGGGACAGGAUCAUUAUGUCACUUGAGUCAUCCGUGCAAAAUAUCCCUCUUGAGGAGGGGAAAUGCAUUGAUGUACAACUUACCUCAGACAAGAUUUGGAUAUUGAAGGAUAAUGGAUUAGUUUCACAGAACUUACAUCAUUCAAAUAGUAAUGUGGAAGAACAAUGUUAUUAUGCUCUAGGAGAGGAAUUUGUUGCGGAGCAGCUAUUUCAGUGUUCUGAACAUUCUCCAGAUGAUCUUCUUUGUAUUGCCCAUACAGCAUUAUCGUCUACUAAGGAUGACAUUAUGCAUUUCGUGUCAUCAAUUUUCUUACGUAGACUGCUUCAUCCCGGGGUUCAUCAUAAUAACGUCUUGCGUGCAGCUUUCCUGGAUUUUAACAGGCAUUGGACUGAUAUUGAGUUCCAGUCAUUAACUCUUAAUGGACUAAAAAAGGAAAUCCUUUCACUAAUGGAGCAUGAGGGUGUCAAUGACAGUCCAAUUUCAAUACUUUAUCGCUUGAAAAACUUCUGUACCCGAUAUUUCCAUCAUUGGUGCAAGCACAAUGCAGCAUCUGGUUUGCUUGUUCAAUCCCCUGCAGGUGCUGUUUGUUUAGUCAGAAAGAAUUCGGUGUCACUGUUUCGUGCCUUAGAAAAUAUUGAGUUGCUCAUUGAUGGUUCUUCUGAUGAAGUUGGUGGUCUUGUUAGCUUUGAACACAAUUUAUCUCACAAUGACUCAAAAUGCGAGAUUCUUUUUGAAGUUCUUAGAUGUGUUAUUAGUAUCAGUCAACAAUUGGGCAAAACAGCUUCUUCAAUAUAUUAUGAGUCACUAAUUACACCAGAUAUUUCAUCUGAAGAGAUCAUUGCUCGGCUAAUUAAGAUUCUUGAAAUUGGAUACAGUUCAUCAGUGGCAUCAUCACUUUCAUCAGGCCUGGGUGCUGAUAUUGUUUGGGAUAAGGAGAUGGCAGAUCACAAAAACCUGAGGAAAUUCUCCACCGACAUGUUAUUAUCUCUUCAAGCUUUGUGCAAAAAAGCUACCUCAUGGGGAAAUGUUUUGAAUGUUAUUGAGAGCUAUCUACAAUUUCUUGUCCCUCAAAAGGUCUUUCAGAGCUAUGAUACAGUGACAGAAUUUAACAUCAAAGCUUCAAUUCUGGUCCAGGCUACUUCUCAAAUUGCAAAAGUUAUGUUUGAGUCUACUUUUGACAUUCUUCUGUUUGUAACCUAUUUGGUGAACAUCAGUGGCCGGAUCAAUAUGUUGCGUGAUGAUAUAUCCAGAAUACAACUUGAAUUAUUGCCGUUGAUUGAAGAGACUGUGUCCCAGUGGCUUAUCAUUUAUUUCUUUGCCACUACACCGUCCGAAUCGCCUGCAAUUGAAGAUUUCAGUUCUCAACUUUCGUCGUUAAAAAUUGAUGGCAAGACUGAUAAGAGAUCAUGGAGUGAAAAUCUUGGCAAAUGUGAUUAUACCUUGGGUUUAGUGCUUCUACUUACUGUUCAAAGUAGUUCUAGAGAUCCAAGCCACCUUUCUUCAAGAUGUCUCCCUUCUCCGCAAGACAUUGUUUGUUCAGUGCGAGAUUUUACAAGCUGGAUUAUUUGGGGCAAAACUGGCCAAGAAUCUUGUAAUUUCUUGAGGCGUGCGACUGAGCUUGCAUUGAUCCUGCUUAGGCAUGGCCAAUAUAAUGCUGUUGAGACAAUUCUCAAUAUUGAGAAGGAAGAUCUACGAAGGGAGAAGAUAUCUAGGAGUAUUCAAGAUCUUUCUGGCGAUUGGUGCGUACUUCAACAUCUUUUGGGAUGUUGCUUUCUUAUUCAGGCGCAAUGUAAAUUGCGUGGAAUGCUGAAAGACAGGAAAGUUUGUGAAGCUAUAUGCUGUUUCUUCAGAGCUUCAUCUGGACAAGGAGCAUCCCAGGCUUUGCAGAGUUUGCCCCGGGAAGCUGGAUUGCCGCAUCUUGGUUUUGAUGGUUGCGUGUCACCCGCUGCAUGGAAGCUUCAUUAUUAUCUUUGGGCAAUGCAGAUAUUUGAGCAGUACAACAUUAGCAUAGGUGCUAGCCAAUUCGCUCUUGCUGCACUUGAGCAAGUUGAUGAUGCUCUUAGCUUGAAAGAUGAAUCCUGUGAUCAAGAUCUAAUCAAUGAAUCAGCAACUAGUAUAAAAGGAAGACUCUGGGCAAAUGUCUUCAAGUUUACUUUAGAUCUUAAUCUCCUGCAUGAUGCAUAUUGUGCCAUAAUUUCAAAUCCAGAUGAAGAGAAUAAAGACAUCUGCUUGAGGCGUUUUAUAAUAGUUCUUUGUGAGCAUGGAGCAGCGAAGAGUCUUUGUGACGGUCAACUACCCUUCAUUGGUUUAACAGAGAAGGUAGAGAGAGAGCUUGCCUGGAAGGCAGAGCGUUCUGAUAUCUUGGCCAAGCCAAACUCCUAUAAAUUACUUUAUGCAUUUGAAAUGCACCGGCAUAACUGGAGAAAUGCAGCAAGUUACAUAUACAAAUAUUCAGCUCGUUUGAGGACUGAAGCAGUUCUGAAGGAUUCCCAGGAUAUGUCACUAGUGCUACAAGAGAGGCUUAAUGGCCUUUCUGCUACUAUCAAUGCUCUGCAUCUUGUUAAUCCUACAUUUGCUUGGAUCGAUACUCCGCUUGAGGAAAGUCCUCAUCACAACGAGCAUUAUUCAAGUAAAAAGGCUAAAAAGAUAACAAACGAACAAUUUUCUCGUGAUGAUGUUGAGCCUCAGAGGCUGCAAUCGUACGUUGACAUCAAGACACUUGAAAGUGAGUUUGUAUUAACCUCGGCGCAGUAUCUGCUCUCUUUGGCAAAUUUAAAAUGGAAAUUUACCGGGAUGCAUAAAGCUCCAUCAGAUUUGGUUGAACUUUUGAUCCAGGCAAAUUUGUAUGACAUGGCAUUUACAGUUCUUUUAAAAUUUUGGAAGGGCUCAGCAUUGAAUAGGGAAUUGGAAAGAGUUUUCUCUGCUAUGUCACUGAAAUGUUGUCCACAUAAAGAAAGUUCCACAUGGGCUGGGAAUGAUUCGGGAAUGCAUGGUCUUUUACUGACAUCCUCAAUGGAUGAAUUGAUUCUCCAUAGUGCCCCUGACUUGGGUCCUACAACUCAGCAACCUAAAGGGAAGACUCACUGGGAAAUUCUUGAGCAUUAUCUGGAAAAAUACAAAAAUUUUCAUGCUAGAUUACCAGUGACAGUGGCUGAAACGCUUCUUCGUUCUGAUCCUCAUAUUGAAUUACCUUUGUGGCUGGUACAUAUCUUCAAGGGUGGUCGAAAAGAAAGGACUUGGGGUAUGACGGGCCAAGAAUCAAGUCCUGCAUCUUUGCUUAAACUCUAUGUUGAUUAUGGUCGGUAUACUGAAGCUACAAAUUUGUUGCUCGAGUACUUGGAAGCAUUUGCAUCAGUGAGACCAGCAUACCUAAUUAAUCGGAAAAAGCCAUUUUCAGUAUGGUUUCCGUACACAAUAAUAGAGCGUCUAUGGUGCCAACUGGAGGAAAUGAUCAGUUUGGGCCAUAUGGUUGAUCAAUAUGCUAAGCUCAAAAACUUGUUACACGGAGCUUUGCUGAAACAUCUCCAGCUGCUGAAGGUGGACUCCGACGAUGCCAUAUCUGCUGCUCUCUGUUAAGCAAUGCCAUCUUCCGGGGCUGGUAAAUUAUGUUUGUUGGUGUAUGAUGUCCAGUUAACAAGCUGUUCGGAUGAAUUGCCAGAUGAGAAGAUUUGAUCUAGUAGUAGUUCCACAGUUACAGGGCAACAAUGCCAAGGUGUGGAUCUAUGAUUCACGGAGUCCAAGUUAUAGGACACCAGAGAAGGCACUUCCUGGGCAUGCUUACAUAUGGUAGGUUAACGAUGCUUGUGCACCAAAAAUGAUGAACUACAGCGACGAUAAGGUGGGAGAAGACAAGUUUCUCAGGAAAGUGGUUUAGAAUUAGAUUUAAUACCUGUGCACCCAAGUUUUUGGCGAGGUUGAAUUGUAUGAGAAGAUAUAUAAGUAUAUAACAGUUGUUGUUUGAUAUAUAUCAGAUAUUAUUCUCUCA